CGGCGGGGUGAUGGAGGGAGGAGUUGUGAGGGCGCAGAAGGUCUCGAGAUGUGGGGCAGAGAAAUGAGUCCAUGACUUUCGUGUGCGCCUGUCAACAGCAAAUGAGAAGUGACGCAAGGCAACAGCGGAGACAGGAGCACUGGCACGGAGCAGAACAAGCUUCUCACCAGACAAUUGCAACAGGAAGCGAGGAAGGAAAGGCUCUUUCACCCCGGAGGAAGACUGGCAAACUCUUUGGGAUUGUGACAAGACAGCCUCACAGUAGCUCCAGAGAGCCAUUGUAAGAGCAUCAAACACACACACAUGCAUAAAGCGGGCAGGGGAGACAGACAUGCUGGGAGACACAGAGAGACGGAAACCUCUUUAGUUCAGAGUUAGUGUUUCUUGGUUGAUUAAAGAGCUGAAACAUCACAAGGAGGAUAUUUUAAUUUGGGCUUUUUUCUAUUGUUUCACCUGCUUCCUGCUGGUUCAAAAAGGGGAAAUUGGUUAAUUCACUUCUUCCCUUUUUUGGGAAAUAGUGUAAUUUUGUUCUAUUGCUUUAGUCAUUUUUCUUCACAUGCCCCACAGGCACAGACAAUACGGAUACAACAAGGAGCUCCAACAAGGAUUGCAAGAUGAACAGCACCCUGUCGAACACCUCCGUCAAAUGUGUCCGAGACACCAGCGUAACAGCAGUGGUUUUCCCCUGUCUGUACAGCGUCCUCUUCAUAGUUGCUCUGAUACUGAAUUCCCUGGCUGCAUGGAUCUUCUUCAGCAUCCCCAGCACCUCAACAUUUGUGGUCUUUCUAAAAAAUGUGGUGGCAGCUGACUUGCUGAUGACUUUGACCAUCCCUCUGAGAGUGUUAAGUGACGCAGGCGUGGGCUCCUGGCGUCUGCGCGCCUUCCACUGCCGAUACUCUGCGGUUCUCUUCUACAUCACCAUGUACAUCAGCAUCCUCCUGCUGGGUCUGAUCAGCCUGGACCGCUACCUGAAAAUAGUCCGGCCCUUCGGGAAAUGUGCUCUGCAGCGGGUGCGAGUCGGUCAGGGGCUGAGUGCUGCCGUCUGGGUGGUGAUGUUAGCUUUGGCACUGCCCAACGUUAUUCUGAGUGACAAACCACCACGGGUCUCUGGAGGCAAACUGAAGUGCACAUCCAUGAAGAGCGAAGCAGGGCUGAUGUGGCAUGAAGGGUUCAACUACUUCUGUCAGGUGGUUUUUUGGGGUACUCUGGCCUUGAUGGUGUUUUGCUACACAUUCAUCAGCAAGAAGGUUUAUGAGUCAUACAAAGCCUCAAAGAGCAGAUGUCAGGCAGCCCGACGCAGAACCAAAGCAAAAGUCUUUGUGGUGGUGGCGGUGUUUUUCAUCUGCUUCGCCCCAUUCCACUUCGCCCGAGUUCCCUACACCCUGACCCAAACCCGCGACUUUGCGAGCCACUGCCAAGUUCUCUACAUCGCCAAGGAAACCACCUUGUGGCUGUCGGCCACGAAUGUAUUUCUGGAUCCGCUUAUUUAUGUGUUCCUGUGCAAGGUAUUUAGGAAAAGACUGACCGCUACGCUCUGUCUGAAGCCGUUCAACAAAGGUGCCACGGAAUCUCCAACAGCAACAUCAACUCAGAUGGAAAUGUCACAUCUGGGCAACAAUAACAAAGUGUCAAGUAAUGGGACGUCACAGUAAAACAAUGGACAGUGGACAAUGGAACACAACUGUUGCGGUCUAAGCAAGAUGGGACAUGUGUUACUUUACUUGUAAAUAGGAAUUUAUCUUGAAAAAAAAGGUUGUAUAAAUUUAACGCAAUGUGACCAAAAACUGUUACAUUUAAAAAACUGUGGGAAGUCGGGCAAUCAAUGAUGAAGUUUCUUUCCAGUAAUGGCUUUUUGAAUACGGUGCUAACCAAGCACAUCUGCCACUUGUUUGCUAAGUCAUUUCCUUAAUUGUGCUUAUUGUCAUUUUCCACUUCCUACUCUCUAAUCUUGCUAAAACUGCACUUUCCCCUCACAGAACUUUGGCCAAAGGGGGAACAUGUUGACAGCUCAUAUUCUCCAAUGAUUAUACAGCAGGCAAAAUGUGACCAGGGACUGAAUGAUAACAAGAUGAGCAGAAAAGACAACAAUAGAUGCAUGCUUACAGCUGUAGGCUUACCUUCUGUCCAAUAAAUACAUAAAUAACUAUAUUAAUAAUAAAAUAAUAUUUUUCAUACUAUAA